UGCUUGAUGCUGCAACCUGAGUGUUUUUUGUUCGUGUUGACUACAUGUGAAACGAAAGCUCGUGUGGACUUUUUUUAUGUGCGAGGUUAAAGUGGAUAAUUACACGUUGUAUAUCAGUCACAUUUUAAGCAUUUCUCCAGAAACUGUAUACGUUAAUGUCUGUCGUUGCUCGUGCGUUUAUGCACGUCAUGUCAACCAGUCUAAAUCAAAAACAUGCUUUACGUCUUAAUUGCGUAGUUUCAUUGCUACAAACUGAUAGUUAAUUAAAACACUGAUAAACCUUGAGGAUGUCUGAAAGCAGCAGUGAAGAUGAAAACUCGGCAAGACUGAAAGAAGCUGUCUGGCACUUUGGACCACAUGAUGCCAAGAUCAAUGGAAAAGAUAUUACAUGGAUAUCUCAGGACUAACUCAGUGCUGCUUUUAUCCCACAUAGGAGAAAACAACGACAGACAAAGUCGUAGAGUCGAUGUUUCAAAGCAUGAACAUGAUGGGAAUGAGCUCGGGACAACACCAGAGUUUCAAUCCCAUGUGGCAAAAAAGUUAGGAGCCAUAUUGGACGGGUGCAUUUCAGAAGUGUUUUCUGAGACUUUUGACUCAGAACCUGGUCAGUCCAAAAACAGAGAUGAAGAAGACAAUGAGGAAGGUUUCCGUCUGUUCUCCACAUCUGCCUCUGGAAAAUGGGAGGAACAAUCACCUCCUCCACCUCCUAAAAGAAGACCAAUUUCCAGCUCUAGUGACAGUGACAGUGAGAUGGAGAUGAGGCUCAGAGAAGCUGCUGUGUCUGUGUCAGACAUCCUCGGCCCUUUAACCCAAACCGUCACAGAGACGACAGACAGGAAAAGUAUGGCAAACGUAGAGCCUGGAAAAGAGGACGCCGUCACAAAGAAGACCAAGAAAAAGAAGAAAAGAAAAACAUCCACAGAGGGAAGUGAGGAGAAACGUAUUCAUGUGUCAGAGAAACAGUCUAAUGGAGAAGCCACAGGAGCACAAACAGCUGUUGUAGAGAAUUUGACAAAGAAAAAGAAGAAAAAGAAAAGAAAAAAGUUGGAGGAGGUCAAAAAAGGCGAUGAUGAAUGAAAGACUUUAUUGUUUGAAAUAGUAAUUGUUCUGUUAAUGCUGUUUUAUGAACUUUAAUAGUUGACUGCAAAGUUAAGUUUCUUGACCAGUUUCCUGUUUGAGAAUUUAGCAUUUUCAUGCUAUAAAUCCACCAAAAUAUCAAUAAAGUAGUUUAUUUUGCUAUUUUACUACAAAA